CGGCUCCGCAAAGGUCAGCUGAGAAGAGGGCCCAGGCAGCGAGGGAGAUGCGUGCCGCCCAGGGGCUGUGGGAGCUGCUGGGCUUGCUGUGUGGCCUGGGGCUGUGGGGGAGCAUGGCCCAGCUGAGCACCCCGGCUCCCACAGCACCGAGCCCGGGAGCGGCCAAGCUGCAGUUCCGGCUGGCCGGCUACCCCCGCAAGCACAACGAGGGGCGCAUCGAGGUCUUCUACAACCGCGAAUGGGGCACGAUCUGCGACGACGACUUCACGCUGGCCAACGCCCACGUCCUCUGCCGCCAGCUGGGCUUCGUGGCAGCCACCGGUUGGGCUCACAGUGCCAAAUACGGCAAAGGUGUUGGCCGCAUCUGGCUGGACAAUGUGAACUGUGGGGGCAGCGAGAAGAGCAUCUCGGAGUGCCGGUCGCGGGGCUGGGGCAACAGCGACUGCUCCCACGAGGAAGAUGCCGGUGUGGUCUGCAAGGACGAGCGCAUCCCCGGCUUUGUGGAUGCCAACGUGAUCGAGACAGAGCAGAACCAGGUGGAGGAGCUGCGCCUGAGGCCGGUGGUCUCCCAUGCCAAGCGGCCGCUGCUGCCGGUGACGGAGGGCAUUGUGGAAGUCCGGCACAAGAGUGGCUGGGCCCAGAUUUGCGAUGAAAAUUGGGACAGCCGGAACAGCCGGGUCAUCUGUGGCAUGCUGGGCUUCCCUGCCGAGAAGAGGGUCAACCGCAAUUUCUACAAGCGGUUCAAGCGAGCAGCCAAGGCAGCCAAGGGCCGGAGGAGGCCGGCCCCCCGAAAGAGGCUGGUUUCGAGGUCUCGCCCCAAACAUAGGCGCAGGGAGGACUUUAGGGGCACCAAGAGGCUGUCCCUGCAGCGCCAGCCGCCCAACUACCGGCUGCACUCAGUGGCCUGCACGGGGCAGGAGGUCCACCUCUCCAUGUGCUCCUUGGAGUUCUACAAGAGCAAUGCCACCAGAGCCUGCCCGGGCGGGAUGCCCGCCGUGGUGAGCUGCGUGCCCGGGCCCCUCUUCGCCCCUGCAGGCCAGGCCCAGAAGAAAAAGAGGCAGCAGCAGCAGCAGCAGCAACAAAGGACGCAGCGGGUCCGGCUGAAGGGUGGGGCCAAGCCUGGCGAGGGGCGAGUCGAGGUCUUGAAGGGCAGCGAAUGGGGCACCGUCUGUGACGACCGCUGGAACCUGGUGGCGGCCAGCGUGGUUUGCCGGGAGCUGGGCUUUGGGAGCGCCAAGGAGGCCCUCACGGGGGCCCGCAUGGGCCAAGGCAUGGGCCAGAUCUACAUGAGCGAGGCGCAGUGCCUGGGCUCUGAGAAGACCCUGUGGAGCUGUCCCUAUAAAAACAUUACCCAGGAGGAUUGCAAACACUCUGAGGACGCCGGGGUCCGCUGCAACGUUCCUUACAUGGGCUUCGAAACCACGAUCCGCAUAGUUGGUGGCCGAACCACGUUUGAGGGGCGCGUGGAGGUGAAACGUGCUGGGAAGUGGGGCACAGUUUGCAGCACGGGCUGGAGCACCACGGAGGCCAUGGUGGCGUGCCGGCAGCUGGGCCUGGGCUACGCCAUGCAUGCCGUGACGGAAACAUGGUACUGGGAUGCCAGCAACGUGACGGAGAUGGUGCUGAGCGGCGUGAAGUGCACAGGGCAGGAGAUGGCGCUCAGCCACUGCCAGCAGCACAGGACCCUGACCUGCCAGAAGACGGGGACACGCUUUGCCGCCGGCGUCAUCUGUUCCGAGACUGCCUCAGACUUGCUGCUCCAUGCGCCACUGGUGCAAGAGACGGCGUACAUCGAGGACCGCCCUCUGCACAUGCUCUACUGCGCCGCAGAGGAGAACUGCCUGUCCAGCAGUGCCCGGAGUGCCAAUUGGCCCUAUGGGCACCGGCGCCUCCUGCGCUUCUCCUCCCAGAUCCACAACAACGGCCGAGCUGACUUCCGCCCCAAGGCCGGCCGCCACUCCUGGGUCUGGCACGAAUGCCACGGGCACUACCACAGCAUGGAUAUCUUCACCCACUACGACCUGCUGACGCCAAAUGGCACGAAGGUGGCUGAGGGACACAAGGCCAGCUUCUGUCUGGAGGACACGGAAUGCCAGGAAGACGUGGGCAAGCGCUAUGAGUGCGCCAACUUUGGGGAGCAAGGCAUCACCGUGGGCUGCUGGGACCUCUACCGCCAUGACAUUGACUGCCAGUGGAUCGACAUCACCGACGUCAAGGCAGGGAACUACAUCCUGCAGGUGGUGAUUAACCCCAGGUACGAAGUUGCGGAGAGCGACUUCACCAACAACGCCAUGAAAUGCAACUGCAAGUACGACGGGCACCGCAUCUGGGUCCACAGCUGCCACAUAGGUGACGCGCUCAGUGACGAGGCCAACAGGCGCUUUGAACAGUACCCCGGACAGCUCAAUAACCAGAUUGUGUAGCCCAACCGCCCAGCCCACUCGCGGCCACCAGACUCAUCACCUGUGCCGGCACCAGGAG